UCCUGCUGACUAGAUUUGCUUGCUUUUGUCCUUAUAUUUAGAUACUCUCUGCCCCUUUUGCCCUUGUUCUCCUCUGCUUUCUUCCUCCAUUUGCCCAAGCCGUGAUCCUAUCCUCCCUUGAUCGCUGUUUUCAUUUCCUUUUCCGUAAUAAAUCUCGAUCUCUACUCCAUUUCCUUGUAACAAACACUUCUCUUUUGUCUCUGCUACCUGUCGGAUUUCUACAUUUGUGUUUAGUCUAUGCCCUUGUUUUUUUCUUUGAGUGAAAGCUGGAAGCUCUUUACUCCUUUGAAUUUGAAUAGUUUUGAUUACAUCUCAGAAACUUGUGAUUUUAACCGGCUAAGCUCAUGAUCAAGCUCAGAAAGAUUGAUCGUCUUUUGGGUUUCUUCACUUUCUAGAGAUAAGUAGUUUUGAUGAUGAUGGAUCCCCAAGAACAAGUUUCGGGGUCUGAGAAAAUGAUUACAGAUUCUCAACCAAACAAGGCCGAGCAGCUCAAGAGAAGCUGUGCGGAUUGCCACACCACAAGAACACCUCUAUGGAGAGGCGGACCAGCUGGGCCAAGGUCGCUAUGUAAUGCUUGUGGGAUCAGAUACAGAAAACAGAGGAGCGCCCUUCUGGGGUUGGCCACAGGAAGAGGAGAAAAGAAUAAGAAAAAGAUUAACAGAACCAGUGGCAAUAGUGAGCUUGUUUCAGUGAAGCUCAGAUUGAUGGCUUUGGGAAGAGAUAUGGUGUUGCAGAGAAGAUUGGGAUCUGGAAAACAGAGGAGGAAGUUGGGAGAAGAAGAAGAAGCUGCAAUACUGUUGAUGGCUCUCUCAUCUGGUUCUGUAUACGCUUAGUUAGAACCUAGAACAAACGGAUAAAAAAAAAAGGAGAAAAAUGGAAGUGAAAACUGAAAACCCUAACCAACAUACCUACCAUUGUCUUCUGGUUCUGAGCCAAGUGUUUGACCCAUGUUUUACAUUCCAUAGUUUUGACUUUUGGGCUAGUUUUUGGGAAGGAUUGAAAGAAAAAGCAGAGGAAAAAUGAUCACGGAUUAGUAGUAAUGGGAAGAAUUGAAUGCAAUGAUGUUGAUUCUCAUUUUGUGUUA